AACAAUGAAAGUAUCUACGUGACAUUAAAACGCCGGAUUGACACAACAAAUAAAUCUUCCGGAAAAAAUCCAAAAAAAAAAAAUAAGUAAACCUUUCUGGCUUAAACAUGGUUUUGAAUUUGGACCAAUUAUUAUAGAAAAAAUGAGAGCAAUUGAGUGCAUUUUUAUCUCGCAAAACAAAAACCAGUGUGUCGUGUGUGUCAUAUCCCUUGACACCGAUGAAAUUUUUCCGAAACAACGUCCUAGUCUCUGACUCGUCACCCCCUGAAGAAAUCGUCCCUGCCAUAACCGGAUGCUGCGGUUUGUGGCAGAUUUCCGUCUGUAUCGGGGCUUUCCUCUCCCAGUUUAUCCACGGCCUUGACCUCACCACCCUCCAGACCUCGGCCGUUUCGGAGAUGAACUACACCUGCAAGGGAACAAACUCAAGCAUUUGUUCCUACCCCAAUGGCACCAAGUGCACAGAAUUCGAGUACUACUCAGACACGAUUAUCUCAUUCGCGGAAAAACUGAAUUUGGUUUGUGAGAAAGGGAAGUACGUCCUUUGGAUCAGGAAUGUGUACCGGAUGGGCUUGUUUCUGGGAUAUUUCAUGAGCGGGGUUUGUGGGGAUAAGUUCGGGCUGAAACCGACCGCUAUGAUUUUUAUCUCGUUGCAAAGUCUAACAGGGCUGUUUAUUCUGAGUAUGAGGAGUUACGAGAUCGUGCUGUUUUUCGUGUUCACACACGGGGUGUUUUCCAACUCGAUCAAUCUGAUCCCAUCAGUGGCGGUAAGUGACGUUGUUGGGAAUAGGUGGAGAACGCUAGCUCUGGGCAUUGUUGCGUCUGGGGUUCCCCUAAGUAUCGCUGUAUUUCCCUUUUACUACAAUUUGUUCAACGAUAUUAGCGGGGUUGUGGCCGCGGAUUCGGUCCUUCCCCUAAUUCUUCUCCUACCUCUCGUGUAUUUUAGGGACUCCCCCAAUUACGUGGUCGUGAUGUUGGACUUUGUCAAGGAAGAGCGGGUGCUCCGCAGGAUUUCGCGCUGUAACCACCGCCCCUUGUCCGCAGAGGCGCGCUUGGCCCCCGUGCAAGUUAUCGUAGACAGUGGGGUGCCCCAUCACUGCUCAAUCUGGUCGAUCUUCAAGCCCCCGUCGCUGCGAGUCGCCUAUUGCACCCUCCUGGGCAGCUGGUUCUUCCUGGGGUACACGCAGAGCCUCACCAUGAAGUACGCCUACGAGGACUUCAAGCGCUUGCCAAUAUUCGGCUGUUGCGGCAUUUUUGGAAGCCUUCUAGCCGUGUUUUUGUGCCAUUUCUUCCAACACAAAGUCGUAAUCGGCAUUUUCGCGAUUUCCAAGAACAUCUCGCUUGGCAUUUGCCUGCUGUUGGACCUUUUGUGGCACAAUUCUGAAUGUUUGGUCUUCAAAAUUGGGAUUUUGUCGAGCGCGUUCUGGCUGUGGGGGGUCAGGGGGGCGCUCUUCACCCUAACCCCGCGCAUGUUCCCGACCGAGAAGCGCUGCCUCUGCUGUGGGGUGUGUUUUGCUACGUUCCACCUUGGGUUUUUCCUGGCAAUUGUGCUGGAUUACUUUUUUGAUAACACGAUUUGGACAAUUGGGGGGAUUUUCCUACUCGGGGGGGUUAUCGAGCUAACUGGGAGUUUCUGGUUUUGGGACGUGCAAAAUCGGGAAUUGCCCGACUAUUUGAUAGAUUGUAUAAGAUUUGAAAAAUUUUACAAACCGUCGAGAUUUUUAAUUAUUUAUGAGAACAUGGCGGGUCCGGACCUGGAAGUGGAAGUCAAAGUGAUGGAUUUGAAUCCGAUUGAGCAACCCGUUAAGAAAAAAUGAUGUUUGACUUGUCCCAAUAAAAUAUUGAAAGUUU